AUGUCCUGUCUGUCAGAGAAAGACCUCUCCUGUCCAAUCUGCUUCGACAUCUUCAGUGACCCCGUCGUGCUGUCCUGCAGCCACAGCUUCUGCAGAGCCUGUCUGCAGAGAUGGUGGUCCGAGAGGCGGAGAGACUCCUGCCCGCUCUGUAAGGAGAUCUCCUCGUUCCGCUCUCCGCCCUGCAACCUGGCCUUAAAGAACCUGUGCGAAACCUUCACCCUGGAACGGAAGAAGAACCCUCCAAAAGAGCCGGAGGAUCUCUGCAGUCUUCAUGCAGAGACGCUGAAGCUUUUCUGCCUGGACCAUCAGCGGCCGGUUUGUCUCAUCUGCAGGGACGCGAAAGAUCACAGCGACCACAGAUUUAGACCCAUCGGCGAGGCGGCGCAGGACCGCCGGGACGACCUCGCCAGGAUCCUGAAACCUCUGAAGAAGAAGCUGGCGCUCCUGAAGCAAGCCAAGGAAAGCUGUGGUGGAACAGCAGAGCACAUUAAGACCCAGUCCAAACACACGGAGAGGCUCAUCAGGAAUCAGUUCAACUGGCUUCACCAGCUGCUGGAGGAGGAAGAGGAGGCCAGGGUCGCCGCGCUGCGCGACGAAGAGAAACGGAAAUGUAAAGACAUGACGGAUCGGAUUGAGGUUCUGAACAGAGCGAUACGAGUUCUGUCAGACACAAUCAGAACCGCAGAGGAGGAGCUGAGGGCUGCAGACCUGAGAUUCCUGCAGAAUUACAAGGCCGCAGCAGCCAGGGUUAAACACUGCCCCCUGCUGGACGACCCGCAGACUCCCCGCGGAGCGCUGAUAGACGAGACCAAACACCUGGGCAACCUGGCCUACAACAUCUGGACCCAGCUGAAGAAGACGGCCUCCUUCGCACCCGUCCUCUUGGACCCGAACACGGCUCACCCAGAGCUGGUUCUGUCCGCGGAUCUGACCAGCGUCACGUUCGGGCCGAGGCAGAAGCUCCCCGAGAACCCGGAGAGGUUCGACCAGCACCACUGCGUCCUGGGCGCCGAGGGGUUCGCCUCCGGGACUCACGGCUGGGCCGUGGAGGUCCGGCGGGACCAGAACUGGGGCGUGGGCGUGGUCAGCGAGUCGGUCCGGAGGAAGGGCCAAAUCCGAGAUGGAUUCUGGGGGAUUUGUCUGUUCAACGGAGACGUGACGGCCGUUUCCCAUCCGGUACCCAGCAAACAUCUCCCGGUGAAGAAGCUGCAGAGAGUCAGAGUUCAGCUGGACUGGGACGGGGGGACGCUGUCCUUCUUUGAUUUAGACUCAGACAGACACAUCCACACCUUCAUCCACAGGUUCACCGAGAAAAUGUUUCCUUUCAUUGGGACCAACAACAAAUUACCUGUGAGGAUUUUACCUGUAAUCAACUGGUAA